UUUUUGGCAUUAAAACUAAGUUAGUCACUGUAAAAUCUGAUUUAAACUGUUUUAUUACCGGAAUAUGUUUAGUGACUAAUGUUAAUUAGCUGUUUUUGUGUGUGUCAGCGGCACACACGGCUCACUGUCACCGGAGAGAGGAGGGGGCAGGACGGACGGACGGACCGAAGAAGAGGAGUGACUUCUUCUUUCAAAAAUAGUCCACUUCAUCACAACCGGUACCAGAGCAGCGGUAGCGGGUUACGGAGGGUGUUAAACAUGGUUUACAACGGGAAUAAAUAACGGGACCGGGACCGUAUAUUGUUUAAACAAGAAACGAGGCAGCGGCGAAAAGAGGAAGCGGAUAUUUGAAGAGAGAAGAAACUUGGUUUUUAAGUCACACGUUUCAGUGUUGAUGGUAUUUGAACCACGAAUACCUGCCGAAAAUAGUCCCGACGUCCUUUAUUGAGGCUCCUCUGUCUUGUGUGACCCCCCUGACACAGAGAGGAUGGUGAUGGAGGAGGGGGGACAGAGAGACAGAGGGAGGGGGACUCCAACCACAGCAGAAGCAGAGGGAAGACAGAUCCUCGUAGAGCUCGGGGAGCAGAACUUGGAUACCAUUUGUCUCUCCACAUAUCGAACAGCCUGCAAGCUCCGAUUCAUACAAAAGAGAUGCAACUUGCAUCUGAUCGACAUAUACAAUGUGAUUGAGGCGGUGCGGGAUGCUGGUCUGAACGCUGUAGAGCUGAACGCCGGCAUCUCUGUGACCAGACUGGAGAACUUGGUGUCCUCCCUGUUCAACCAGCUCAGCAAGCGCCUGCCCACCACACACACCAUCAACCCGCAAGAGAGCACCGUCCUGUUAAUGGAGUUCAUGCUGUCCGCCAUUGACAGUGAGCCUGACAGUCGCCUGACGGUGCUCUCUGUGAAGGCGAUGCUGGCCACACUGUGUGGAGGGAAACUGAUAGAUAAACUCCGCUAUGUGUUUUCUCAGGUAUCUGACUCCAGCGGCGUGUUAGUCCAGUCCAAGUUUGAUGGUUUCCUGAGGGAGGCUCUCAAGCUGCCCACCGCUGCACAUGAAGGACCGUCCUUUGGCUACACACACACCUUAGCACGCUCAUGCUUCCCACAACAGAAGAGGGUGAUGCUCAACAUGUUCCUGGACAUCGUAUCUGACCCUCCUCAGUGUCUUGUCUGGCUGCCUCUCAUGCACCGCAUGGCCAACGUGGAGCAUGUCUAUCAUCCCGUGUCAUGCUCCUACUGUCGUGGCAACGGCAUGACGGGCUUCCGCUAUCGCUGCCUCCGUUGCCGUGGUUACCAGCUCUGCCAAAACUGCUUCUGGCGCAGCAACGCCAGCGGCUCUCACAGCAGCCAGCAUCAGAUGAAGGAGCACUCGUCCUGGAAGUCCCCGGCGUCAAAGCUUGGCCGAGCCCUGGGCAGGACUCUGGGCUGUGUGUCGUCCAGAGAGCAACGUCAUCCUGUUUACUCAGAGGAACCUGUGAGGACCCUCAACCUUUCCAACAUAGUCCCCUCUCGCCCCACUGGGAACACCAGUGAAGCCAUGAUGCUGUCCGCCUCAGUGCCCGAGUCCGCCAAGAGUUUGGCAGCCGCUCAGCGUAUGAACGAGGAACACGCUCUGAUCGCUGCGUACGUGAAUCGCCUCCAGACCAGCCCAUGUAGUGUGGACAGUCCCAGGAGAGAAGAUGAAGAGCACAAACUGAUCGCCCGCUACACCUCCCGGCUGGCAGAGACUGACAGCACAGGAGUGAUACCGAACCGGAGCAUCAACUUUGAUGUGAACAAACAGAAGAGGGAGCUCAUUGCUCAGCUGGAGUGCAAAAACAGAGAGAUCUUGGCUGAGAUCAAACGUCUCCGCGUAGAGCAUGAUGCAACAUGCCAGGCCACCACCAACCCAACUCUGCUGGCCGAGCUUCGUCUGCUCAGACAAAGGAAAGAUGAGCUGGAGCAGAGGAUGUCGUCUCUGCAAGAGAGCAGGAGGGAACUGAUGGUGCAGCUCGAGGGAUUGAUGAAGCUGCUCAAGGAUGAGGAGCAGCGACAGGCAGCGCAGGCGGCUGGCUCUUCUCACGCCUCUCCUUCUCGACCGAGCCCAUCAACCGUCCGCUCUGUAGGUGCUGCAUCUCCCCAGACUCACAUGUACCCUCCUCAAGAUUCACUCGCUGGGGUCGGUGGUGACGUACAAGAAGCAUUUGCCCAAGGCCCGAGAAGGAACCUGAGGAACGACCUUCUGGUAGCAGCCGACUCCAUCACCAACACUGUGUCCUCGCUGGUCAAAGAGCUGCACUCUGAUGAUGUUCGAGAGGAAGAGGAGAGAUUGCUGAACGGGAAGGACAGAGGCUUCAUUAACAUGCCGUCUCAUUAGCCACUCUUUAUGGAGCCCCUCCUCUUUACAAGAGGACCGCCUGCAGAGCCCAAGCGGUGGAACUACUUCCUGGUCUGCUCCCCGAGCCCAGAUUAAACGCUUAUAAGAAUACUAACCCGCAGUACUAACCCACCGACCCACGAACAGCCAGCCAGACAGACAGACAGACAGGAGACCAGGGGUCAGCCCCGCGUUCAACACACAGGUUAAAAUGAUCGCAGGACAAACAAAAAGCAGAGUGAUGUUUCAUCACGGCCAAAGAAGACUGACCCUGCUGGGAUUAAAAUAUAUCUUCUUGUAUUAAUCGUUAGCCAAUGGGGAUUAACUGCCAAUCAACCAAUCACGAUGCUGGACACCAAACGACCGCUGGGUCCCUACUGAUGUAUAGCUGUGAUUCUGUGUUUGUGUGUGUGUCUUGUCACUGUGGAUUUACUUUUGUUUUGAUUUGAUCAUGCAUAGCUAAAUGAAUCCUACUGAUUUGUACUGUAGCGUGUGCGUGUGUGUGUGCGCUCUGCGUUUUCGAGGGUCGAGUAAGUGAGAGGGACGCCGUGAAGAGACAGAAAGACGUGUUGAGGAAAUUUGUGAAGGAUUAAAAAGUGCAGGAAAGUUUCAGGAUAGAGAUACAGGAUGUAUAGUGGAGAGAAAAAAACAAACAAAAAGAAAGUCAAAAAGACGAGAAGUGAGUUGUAAUGUUUUAAGUUUCGGCACUGUGUGCUUAGUAUUUAUUGCUUUGAUUUGAUCUUUGACAUUUAUUCAUUCAGUUUGAGUGUUUGUUUAUGCGUACGUGAGUGUGGUCCGGCCCUGCUGAGACGAUAAGCUUUAAUGGGACGUUUCCUGCUGUAUAAAGCCCGGCCUGGUGCAGGCUGGGAAGCUGAAGUCCCGGUCCUGGUCCAGGUGUUUGAAACCUGGAACAGAUUAGCUCUACGGGCGCUGGUAUGACAGCAGCUCAGGUUGUCCAGGCCUCUCUGUGUAUCUCGGUACUGCAGUGGGACGACAGUCAAAGAGGAGAUAUCUGAUUACUGUGUGUGUGUGUUUGUGUGUGUGUGUGUGUGUGUGUGUGUGAGAGAGAGAAUAUGAAACCAUUUGCUUCAACAGUUUAUCAACAGAGUAGCAAAGUGGGUGGAGAAGUAUUUAUCCCCUUUACAAAAUCUUCUUUUAAAGGGUCACAUGAUGAUUGAAAGAAUGAUGAAGAAAGUUGGUGGUUGAAUUGCUCACAACUCCAUGUCCACACACAUUUUUGCGUGACCAAUGAUUUAUUUUAUUUUGAUAGAGGAAAAUAUUUAUCACAAAAUCAUGUAAACAGAGACACAAUUAUUUUCCAGCAACAAGAGAAGAAGAAAGAGAGGAGAAAAAGCUAGCAAUCUCAAUCCUUAGGAAAAAUAUACAUCAGGCCGGCAAUAAGUCAUCCAGAGUAGGAUCUCAUCACAACGCCGCCUUUUUGGGGAAAACAAUUCCACGUCCUGCAUAGAGGGCAACAGCCUAAACAGAGGAAGUUGAAACAUGUCUCCAAACUUGUAAUUUAAACAUUCGGUUUAAAUUAAUAACGCUAUGCCAAAGAGUUGCUGUGUAGUUGGUUGCACCAACAAUAAAUCCAAAAACAUCUGAUUUGUUCCUCUGCUAUGUCCUAAAAAAGAUAUAAUGGAGGGGCUUUAUGGCUCAAAGCCAUAGACAAGACCAGUGUUGCGUCAGGCUGCGCUCCUUUUUAGGGGAAAGAAACUUGCUGUCACAUUAAACAGGAAAAUAUCGAUAAGCUGUUGUUUAGCGGGUUAACCGCGGUUUUCACACUGACAUUUAAGGCACAUAUGAUACGUGAAUAUUCACUGUCAGUGCAGUAAAUCGCUAAAUGAUGCUGGUGACAGUGACCAGCAUGGCUAGUUAACGUUAGCUUGAGUGUAAGGCUGCUUCAGUAAUACAGUCAUACAUUAUCAUUAUCAGACUCCAACUAAAUCUCAGCCUAUAGAUCAAACAGUUGGCUAUUAACACGUUGGUUAUUUACAGACAACGACUUAGCCUAACGUGAUUCAAUCAAAUAUGUAACUACAGAUAUCUGGAUAAGCAAUAUCCGGCCACUGUGUUGGACGGGGAAAGACUAUCAAUCUUAAUUAAUCAAGGUAUCGCAAAAUAAUUAUUAGACGUGUUAAAAAAAAAAAAAAUGUUGUUAACGAGAUGAAUGCAUACGAACUUGUCAAAAUUACAAACCAAACAUACGUCAAAUUGCAUUGAAGUCUAUGGGAUCUUUGGUUUUCUUUUUUGGGGGUGCGGCCUUGACUUUUUAGUACCCGUAUGUGCCGGUCUGAUGUAGAAAAUAUAAAACACUUCAUUGUUGUAAUCAGGAACAAAACGCAGCACAUCAUUCAUCCAAAAUUGACUCAUCAAACACAAUUUUAAGCUCUCUGAUUGGAUGUUUCUUACUGCAAUGCUCCAUGGGAGUUGUAGUUGACCUUUCUCCUUUAAGUCUUUACAUAUGGAGUUAUGACUUUUUUUACCAGCAGAUUUUUAUGUUCACCUACGUCCUCAAAGUGCUUCUACUGCCAAUUACCGAACGUUAUGCAAAAAAUAAAUGGGACUUUUACUUUCUAAAUUCUGCCUGCCCGAAAUAUCUCCUCACACUUUACUACUCUUUGAUGCCUUUGUAAGCUUCCUGUACUAUUAAGGGGAUUGUGGGAGUUGACGUUCUCUUUGGAUGUUGAACUACAACCAGCACCCCAAAAAUCUGUAUGCAAAUCAAACAUGACCCAAAGUGACUUACUGAGCUUGAAUCAGAUCAGGUUGAUUUAUUUUUAUGUAGCAGAUGUGAAAUAAUUUUAUCAAAAAUAUGUUUUUAGCAUUUCAGGGUUUUGGUUUCUGCUCAUAUGAAGCUGUAUGUACAUUUUUUGGAUCAGUUUUCAGUUGGCCCUCCACAUUGUUUGACUGACAGCUUGUGUCUGUGAUGAUCACAUUUUCAGACUGACUGAGUGUGUGAAUGAUUAAAUAAAUAAAUGAAUGAGUUCUUGUUUCUGUGUGUGUGUUUGUGAAAGAGAGAGUGAGAGUGAAAUCAAGACUGACAGGACAGACGCGUCCCGACAUGAAACUGUAAACACCUUCAGCUCUGAACCUGCCUGAGCUGACGUUGUGAGUGAAAACUGUGUUUCAUCUGCAAUAAAUAUUUAACGUCAAA